UCGUUAUCAACUCUUACCACGUGUCUAUCCUUAUUCUUCCCUCUCUCUUUCAAUUCAAGGUCCGAAACUCAAACCUUUAACCGCAGUAAUAAAGUAAAAAACUUACAAAACACGCUUCUCUUUCUUGUCUUCUUCUUACCCACUGAGCUGAUAGUGAUAACAAUAGUUAAAUUUAUGAAAACUUAACCUCUGAAUAUUUUGAACCUCUUUUCUCUUACCUUUGAAUAUUAUCAAUUCAGUAGGUCAAUAUACGCAAGACUUUGAGAAAAUUUUUCUGAAUUCUGAAGAAUCUGAGAUUAAACCCCUUUUCCCUUUUUUCCUUGAUUAUGGAGCGUUAUGAGAUAGUGAAGGAGUUGGGUUCUGGUAAUUUUGGGGUAGCCAAGCUUGUUAGUGACAAGAAAACCAAAGAGCUUUUUGCUGUCAAGUUUAUUGAAAGAGGCCACAAGAUAGAUGAACAUGUGCAAAGGGAAAUUAUGAAUCACAGAUCAUUGAAACAUCCAAAUAUAGUCAGAUUUAAAGAGGUCUUGCUGACACCGACUCAUCUAGCUAUAGUAAUGGAGUAUGCUUCCGGAGGAGAACUCUUUGCGAGGAUCUGUAAUGCUGGAAAAUUUAAUGAAGAUGAGGUAAGAAUGAUACUUGUACCACUUAUUCAAAAAAAAAAGAAAGAAAGAAGAAGAAUGACACUUCCUGGAACUGCAAUUAGUCUUGGCUAGAACGAACGAACGAACAAACUGUAUAUUGCUCAUACCUCUUUUAAUUUUUAAAGUGUUGGUUUAUGUUUAGUCAACACUGGCAUGCCAAUUGGAAAAGUUGGUG